UAUCCUGGUAAGGCGAGAUGGGCCUCGGGACCGCUGCUGCACCUCCUUGCUGGGCAAACAAAUGAGACGGACACUUUCAACUGUCAGCCAUCCUAGGAAUGCAAAGGGUCAUGUAACACUACAGCACUCACAGCUGACCUGAAAGAAGCUAGACAGAGUGGAAGCUGCGAGCUGCAGCAUCCAGCAUCCAUCUGAAAUCUCAGGAAAAGGUGGAGGAGAGCUGUCAUUCCCAAGGUGAUGCUGGUAACAGCAGCAGAAAGGAGACGAGGAAAGCCAGAAAACGAGGAAGAGGCAGAAGACGCAGCCAUGAUGGGCACACCUCUACGGAGGAAAGCCCCGGCAUAUGAGAUGGCUGAAGCUGAACUUCAUAAGGAAAGGCUCCAAGCCCUGGCGGAAAAGCGGAAAAGGCAAGCCGAGAUAGAGGAAAAAAGAAGACAACUCGAUGAACUUGUUCUACAACUUCAACAUUUCAAGUCUAAAGCCAUGAGGGAGAGAUGGCUUCUGCAGGGGACACCAGCAGUGCCACAAGAGGAAGAUGAAGGUCGGAGGAAACAGGUUGAGCAAGAUGAACUUCACGUCAAGACGCUAGAAGAUACCAUUCACAGAUUGGAAUCAGAAAUCUGCCUUUUGGAGAAUGAAGAAUCACAGAUCUCAGCUAAAGAGCAAGUUCUCAGAGAGCGACUGCGGGAAACAGAGAGAUCUAUUGAAGAUUUACAGAAGAGUCUUCAGAAUCAAGAUGGGGAUGCAGUGAAUUACAACUGUUCCCAGAUCCCGGACCUCCCAGAACUGAACUCCCAAACUCCCGUCUCAGCUUCAGGGGAUCAACAACCACCAAGUAAAUCUGCAUUAUACGCCAUGGAGAUCAGUGUUGAGAAGGACCGAAAAACGGGUGCCACCAAGAUCCUCUCGGCCUCAGCAGUCAGCCCACGGGACGUUCACCAGAGAGGCGUCAAAGUCUAUGACGAUGGUCGCAAAGUGAUCUAUGAGGUGCGUUCUGGGGGAUCUACUACACUGGAGAACGGCACGCACCCCUGGAGUCCCGGCCAGGUGGACGAGCUCAUGCAGCAAGUUGGCAAGACCCAACCACGAAGCGACAGCGCCGGGGUCACUGUCACACCGGCUGAGCCCCAGCCAAUGGGAGGACAGUUGAGCUCCAUGGAGGCCAAGCAAGAUCAAAAACAAUCUCCUAGGAAAGGCUAUGAAGGUGAGGUCACGGAGACUCCUCAAGCCUCAGCCGACAAACCAGUGACCAUGAUCUUCAUGGGCUACCACAGCGUAGAGGACGAGGAGGAAUCCAAGAAGCUGCUUGGCUUCGAUGGCACCAUCAAGGCCGAGAUCGUCCUCAUCGACGAGGACGAUGAGAAAUCUCUUCGGGAGAAGACCGUCACUGAUAUCUCCACCAUCGACGGCAACGCCGCAGACCUCGUGUCGGGCCGGCCUUUGUCAGACACCACGGAACUGUCUUCAGAAGGCAAAGAUGAAAGCUCGACCAAGGAACUGCCACCCACAGGCAUUGAGAAGGCACGUUCAGUGCUGCUGACACCAGAGAACGGACUGUAUCCUACAGCCACAGCACAAUCUGCUCACCCUCUGAAGUCCCCUGUACACACCGAGGAUGACAGUGAGCUGAAAAGAGAGAGAAGCCUGAAGACUGUGAGUUUUUUGGAUUCUGUAAGUGUGAUAUCCAGUGGUGAGAGCAGUAUGGAGCUUGAAGUUCAGACCGAGACCCAGCAAAGUUAUGUAAACAGUGGGCAGAACAUAGUGAGACAUGGCGGAGAAGGGCUGGACAGUGAAGUUGCCAAGGAAAUCCUUUACCUUGAUCAGGUCCUUGAGGACAACUGUUGUGAUCCCAGGGCAGAAAUGACUUCAAAUGGGACAAGUUCCCCUGAUAAUAAGUCAGUUAGAGUUCAUGGAACUGGACCAUCUGUGAAUACGUUUGACACAUCUCCCUUACACAACCAUGACAUUGUUUUAGAAGGGAAAAAACAGACCACUUUUGUUGAUGAUAAUUUCAACACCAAACCAAAUGGUCAUGCAAUGGCCUGUACAAGGUCACCUGAGUCACCUAGGACAGCAAUCAAGAAAGAGGCACGUUUUGAGCUCCGACCAUUUCAUGAAGAGAAGAAACCAUCAAAACUAUUUGACACAGCUGAGAAAGAAGUUAGGGUGAAGAAAGUCAGACCCUCGGAGGAGAUUGUAGAGCUAGAGAAGGAAAGGCUGGAACUCAUCCGGGGUCAAGCAGUAAAGAAAAAUCCUGGAAUUGCAGCAAAAUGGUGGAACCCACCUCAGGAUAAGGCACUGGAAGAGGAGCUGGAGCCGGACCAACUGGAGUCACUUCGAAGAUAUGAGGAGAGGAAGCAGAUGAGAACAGAAGCCAACCGCAUACCACAAGCUGCACCCAGACAGAUAACUUCCUUUAUCCAGCCUGAAAUAGGAAAUAGGGAGGAUGUUGUCAUGGAAGAGAUUGACUUUUCUGCAGCACGCAAGCAAUUUCUGCAGAUGGAACAUAGCAAGCAGCCCACAGCCCCCAAGAGGAACGUGGCACCACAGCUUUACUCUGCCAAACCUUUCUUCAGGACUCCAGAAGUCACGCAUGUAGAGAGACCAUGCGGUUCUGUCACAGUUGCCAAUCAAGAAGGGGUCACAUCCUACGAUGGAAGUGAAGUUACUACAGUCAAAGCUGAAAAGAUUUACUGCUGCACUGGAGAAUCUGCCACACCACCCAAAGAUGGUUUGGCCCAGAAUGAAUUGAAAUAUGAUGAAUUUACUUGUGCCCGGGCAGUGAUGACUAUUGUGAAGGAUGAGGAUUCUGAUUUGUGUCAACGCUCUUUGAACAGCUCCUACCAUACGGAAGAAAUCGACUCUGGGUUAGAUGACCUAUCACUCCGGUCUCAGGACACAACUGUACUUGAAACGCUCUCCAAUGACUUCAGUAUGGACAACAUAAGUGACAGUGGUGCAUCAAAUGAGACCAUGAGUGCCUAUUUGGAAAACUCUCUUGGGGAAUACUCCUUUCCUUCAACCCCAAUGGCCACUACACCAAUUAAUGGAAAGCAUGAAGGUGGAGUCAAAUCUCCGGGUGAACAGAGUGGGUCUUAUCAGGCGUAUAGCUUGACGGAAGAAGAGCUGGAAUACCAUGCUGGUAUUCUUGUCCAAAAUGCUAUCCAGCAAGCCAUUGCUCAGCAGAAUGACAAAUGGGAGCCUCUUCAGGCCACACAACAUUCGUCCCCCAUUCUCGAGAGAUAUGUGGAAAGUGCUGAACCACAACCCCAAUCCCUAGUGGAGAGAUCUGCUGUCACGCCUCCUCCCAAAGUGCCAUCCCCCCUAAAGGAGAAGAAAACAAUUGCUCCUCAGAUAACUGUAGUUCAAGCUGCCCCAGUUAUCCCAGUGAACACUUACAAACCUCCCAGUCCUUCUCCACCACCAAGUGAGAAACCAGAAUUCAGCUAUUUCAGUAAGUAUUCUGAAGCAGCAGAGCUCAGGAGCACCGCAGCUGUCACUCGUGCUCAGGAAACGGAGGUCACAUCAGGACCGUUCAAGCUGCGGUCACGCAAACAGAGAACCCUGUCCAUGAUCGAAGAGGAGAUUCGGGCGGCCCAAGAGCGUGAAGAAGACUUGAAGAGACAACGACAAGCACAAACUUUGCACCUGCCCCAUACACAGAAGCUGAAGACCAGCACCCAGCCAAACAAGCUGGUCCUUACGGGAAAGACAGCACCAGGUAAGAUAGAGAAGGUUCGUCAAGUUCCUCCAGCAUCGCCGUGCUCUUCAGAUGGAGCCCUGCCCUCACCUCUGUCUGAUCUGGGCAGUGAUGAUUCUGGAGGACAGCGGCCCAAGAACUUCAUGCAGACUUUGAUGGAGGACUACGAGACACACAAGGUCAAGCGCCGAGAGAAAGUUGAGGACAGCAGUUAUGUCCGCUCAGUUACAACUGAGGUUCUGGAGGCAACACGUGUCACUCGCAGAAAAAGUAACAUGGCCCUCCGGUGGGAGGCGGGAAUCUACACCAACCAGGAAGAGGCUGAGGAAGAGGAAGAAGAGGAGGAGGAGGAAGAGGAAGAGUAAACCAAACUUUCACUGUAUACCGAAAAGAAGGAGAAAGAGAGAAAAACCAGAGGGAAAAUAUGCAGCAGGAUAAACACAAGUAUUUAUUAGGAAUUCAAACCCCAGCCGCAAUUCACACAUCUCUGAAGAUUUGUUUCUGGAGCCUAUGGGACAAAAAAAAACUUCUCUUGACAUUGAAGACUAGAGAUACUACACCGCUUCACAUUUUCACUACCAAGUUAUUGCUUUUUCUUUUGUGCUAAUAUGUUUUGAGAAAGUGGAAUAUGCAAAGACGAGCAUCUGGGAUUUUUGGCAUUAAUGUAAGAUAAGUGUGAAGAUCAUAUUGCAUUUAGACUUCACAUAUUGUACAUAGAGAUGUUAGUGUGUGGCUAAGGACUUUGGAAAAAGAAUGGAAAAUAUGGGAUAAUAGGAGUAGGAGGAGCUUGGAUAUAGAUGAUAGCGUGAUGACAUCUGAUUUCUAGCUAGAUUAUUGACAUUUCGACUCUGAAAAGUUAAUCAGGAUAGGUGCCAUGUAUAUAAGUUCAGCCAUGAGCCGAUUAAGAAAGCAGAACUACACAAAUGUGUCUUGCAUUGUCCGAAAGGGCAAAAUACUGUUAUUUGUUUUCCUGUUAAUCACAUUGUCACAUGAUCAGCCUGUAGGGAUAACAAAUCGUUUUCCCAAUUUUGCCAUACAGUUCAGAGAGAAGCUUUAAUGAGGAGGACAAAUGAAAGAAACAUUCACACCAUUGAAAGAUGUUGUGAGGUUUGUAAGAGCAGACCGAUAAAAAUAAAUCCAAGCAGAAGAGGAAGAAGCAGUAAUAAUCAGCUGAGGUGGUCAUGGUUUUGUUUGGGCAGCUGCUUUCUCCAUAGAUAAAAGAUAGGAAGUGUGUGUGAAAUUUAAGUUGAUGCACCUGUGUUUGGAUUGAAGUUUAAUGUAAUGCAGAACAUUUGAUGGCUGAUGUAGAUUAUUUGGAUAUGUUUGUGUUAUGUGUAGUGCAGGAGAGCACAAAUUAAGGAAAGGACGUGAUAUGUUAAGAAAGUAUUCACUGAAUUGCAUGAUUUUUCCAUUAAUCUUAAUUUAAAAGGGUGAACAUUUCUCUUUCCUUACAUUGGCAUUUUUGCAGCCUUUACAAACAGAAAGUGUUAAUGCAAUACCAUUAUUUAACAUGGUUUCAAACGCUUUAUUGAUACAUAUGUACACAUGAAUGUCUGAAAUGUUGGAAAAGUUUAUUCUUCGUUCACAUUUUAAAAAAAAUGGCAAUAUUAAAGAACAAGCAUCUAUACAGGACACUGACAUCAGUGAUGGACGUGCAGCAUAAAAGAGACAAAGUGGACAAAUAAACGGACAAAUCUUCUUCUAUAUUUAAUCUUUGACUUCUGAUUUUUGCCUUUGGUCUUUGGUAGCAUUUUUCAAGCCACAGACGAAGACAAUCUCACAAGCUUCAUUCAACAAUGUGGCUUUGUUGUUUUUUGUACCCUCCACAUAUAAUAUAUAUUACACAAAAGUAUUUAAGGGGCUGUUGUCCUUUUAUGAGUAUACAUGAAGUAUUUGUAGUGUCAUAUAUUGCAUAGGUUCUUAAACUGCAGGCAAAAAAAAAAAAUACUGUUAGGCAUUGUAAUAAUGUCUGUGUGGCGUAUAAAGUUACACCUACAGAACUAUAAAUGUUCUUGCAGAAGGUGCAUUGACUUUUUUAAUGGAUGAAAACUGGUAUUUGUUGAUCUCUGGAUACUGACUUAAUGAAGUGUUCAUUUGUGUUGAUGCUUGACGUGAAAUUGUGUAAUGAGCAUCAGUUUUAUUCAGAGCAGGAUAUUGGAUUUUUACUUGGAUUCUUUGAUAUGAGAUGAUUAUUGCUGGUGAGUUUUAUAAGGGGAAAUAUUUUUAUUCGAGCAGUGAGAUAUAUACAGUGUUCCUAUAAAUGGAAAAUAGUUUUGGAAAAAUGACUGUGUUUAGUACUAUUACAGCACAUUUAUUCAUAUAUACUGUGUUGUGUGUAUUUAAGGGCCAAGUAUGCCAUACUAUAUGCAUUUAGAGAGGUUUUCAUUAGUUUGUUUAGGUGCUAUAGGUAACAUUACUAGCACCAAGUAAGUAAAGUAUUGACUGUGAUGCUGACGAGUUUUGCGUCAUGAAAAUGAAAUGUAAAGCCAGCAUUAGCUUUCCUAAAAAGAUGACAUGCUUUUGUACUAUAAUGUAUGAGGGAUGGACAAAAAUGGUUGUUUUUACCUCAUUAAGCUAACUUAUAAGAAAUAAGCCAAUGUUCAAAUCUGUAAUAUAAUAGGAUUCCUAUGGCAUAGGAUGGUGGCCAAAUUGCUUUUAAUGUAGACUACAAGAGGAAAAAGGAACCAUUAGAAAUUGAGCUAUAUUGCAGUUGUUGAUGUGUAAAAACAUUAUAGCAAAAGCAUGAGCCUUUGAGGACAUCUGGGAACAGCAGACAAGAACUGCGAGCUCUUUAGCAUAAUUUUGGUGCAAUCUCGCUUGCAAACAGGUUCAUUGUCUAUUGUCAAUAGUGUGUGAAGCACAACCAAACAGCUUUCUGUUGUUCAGCAUGGCAAAUUCAUGUUUCUAAAUUGAAUGCGACGCAAAAUCAUCAAGGGGAAAUUUCUUUUGCCCUCAUAAUAAAUUCUUGAUUAUUUAAAUGACUAAAUUUUGCCCGUGAAAAUUAUCAAACUGUAAAUGCAAACACACCUUUAAUGUUGCAAAAUGUCAUGGCUAAUGUACGCUUAUUUACAUAGGAAUACAUGGGAUUGAGGUUUU